CAAUAGGACAACUGGGGCGGGAUGUUUUAUCCUUGCAGGUUCGGUGAAGCUGCGUUGCCGAAGCGUUUGACUGGCGAGUGUAUAGGCCAAUUGGGUCUUCCUAUAGCUGCCUACCAACCGGUCCUUGGGCCAUCGGAAUGUGGGAGGCGGGUUUUUCUUGCCUGAGUUGCGUCUCUCCGAGCCAAUGAACCCCAAGCGCGCCAUAGGCCGGCCUUCCCCAAGAGGCAGAGGCUGGACUCCAGUGGGGAGCGCGGGAGUCGUCAUUAUGUUCUUGUGACCACUAUUCAUGUUUCCAAUUCUUCGAGUGUCUCCUCCGAAGAACAUUUUUCUCCCCUAACAUUCAAGAUAUCCUAAGCUCCUAUUUCUGCUGUUCAUUUGAGGAUGUCUGAUUCUGGGUGAAAAAGCUGAUUCAUUUGAAAGGAACCUGGUGGCCGCACUCCUUUAGGUGGACCAACACAUACCCAACAUGGGAAAGAAGACCAAGAGGACAGCCGACAGCUCUUCAUCAGAGGAUGAGGAGGAGUAUGUGGUGGAAAAGGUGUUGGACAGGCGCAUGGUUAAAGGGCAAGUGGAGUAUCUGCUGAAGUGGAAAGGCUUUUCUGAGGAGCACAACACUUGGGAACCUGAGAAGAACUUGGAUUGUCCUGAACUAAUUUCUGAGUUUAUGAAAAAGUACAAGAAGAUGAAGGAGGGAGAGAACAACAAGCCUAGGGAGAAGUCAGAAGGAAACAAGAGGAAAUCCAGUUUUUCCAACAGUGCUGAUGAUAUUAAAUCCAAAAAAAAGAGAGAGCAAAGCAAUGAUAUCGCUCGGGGCUUUGAGAGAGGACUGGAACCAGAAAAGAUCAUUGGGGCGACAGAUUCCUGUGGAGACUUAAUGUUCUUAAUGAAAUGGAAAGACACAGAUGAAGCUGACCUGGUCCUUGCAAAAGAAGCUAAUGUGAAAUGUCCACAAAUUGUGAUAGCAUUUUAUGAAGAGAGACUGACGUGGCAUGCGUAUCCAGAGGAUGCGGAAAACAAAGAAAAAGAAAGCGCAAAGAGCUAAAGGAGGAGGCAGUCUCUGUCAUUUCUCUUUGUAUAUAAUACCUUCACCUUCCUGCCUCCUCUCGCUUCUCCCGUCCCUUUCCAUCCUAAACAUAUCCAUAAAAAUGAUGUGCUUAUCAAUCACUGUGCUCCACGGGAGAGAUGUUGGUAUUGGUUCCCUUGUAAUAUAACUGAUGGUCUGACUCCUAAGUGUAGCUCUGUGAAAGUCAGGCAUUACAUCCUUCACAUGCUGUGUGGUUCCCAUAGUGUUCUCUUUCAUCCUGAUCUUUUCCUUCUGUUCCCUGUAACUUUUAAUCACCUUAGAGUCGUGAUCUUUGGGGUUGGUUGCUUUGGGGAAUUUUAUUAUAAUGACGAUGACUUCAGUUUCUUGGUUGUUAAUUAGAAUAUAUUGAUGACCAGCUGGCCUUUGUUUUGACAUACUGGCAUAGAAAGGAUGUUGUCCAGCUUUUAGAAAGCUAAUAGCAGCAGCCUACAUGUUGUGUAUUUUUUAAUCUCACUUAGCUCUGCCAGGAGAAUACAGGGUCCCUGGUGUGGUCUUCUGGGCCACUCCUGACUAUUCUCACCUACCCUCCCAUAACAACUCAGUUCUCUUGAGGGCUUGAGACUUUACACUGUUUAGCCCUCACACUCUUUUGGCUUCGUUACUUUCAAUCCCUGAUUCUGCUUCUGUAAAGUGUAUCAGUUUGUUAUUAAAUGACAGGAUUAACUGUGGGGUCUGUAAGCUGUAGUGCAGGACGAUAACAGGACGGGGCUGGAUGCGGUUGUCUUUGGUAUCACAUGGUGUGCAUGUGUUCUUUCCUUCACCCUCAUUCCUAGACUCUAUUUAUGUAGGUGUAGGGACUGCCUGGUGCUUGCUUGUGCCAAGCACCCUGCCAACUUUUAUGGCCUCCCAAAGCAUUCCUGUACCAAAGAGGAAUCAGCAGAUCCACACAUUCCCUUCCGUGCCGUUAUUUUAAGUUGGGAAUUGUUAGAAAGGAACCAUUAGCCACAGUGUCAUCAGUUUCUAAAUCCUCACAGCAGUGAUAGAUACUCUUUAACUUUACCACUAAGUCCCUAGAGGAUUAAUGUUCCUGCCCUCUCCAUCCUCAGACUUUUAGUUGUAGCUUAUUUUAAAAACUAUUUUCAUGGAAGACCAUCGCCUCAGAAACCAACAGGUCUUGACAUUAGCUUUUUGACACAACCUUCUCCCACAACAAACUACUCCUUUUUGAUUUACUCUUACUUUGCUAUUAUUUCUGCUCCUGUUCUGUUCUUUUUGUCCCCUGAAAAUGUCCAUCUUCUCUUCAUUCCUUUCUUCUUAUAUAGUUGAGGAGACUGAGAAUCAGGACUAAAUGUAAGGAAAUAACAGGGUUUGGAGCUGAGCACUCUUUUUUUUUUUUUUCCCCCCCCCCCGGAGCUGGGGACCGAACCCAGGGCCUUGCGCUUCCUAGGUAAGCGCUCUACCACUGAGCUAAAUCCCCAGCCCCAGGAGCUGAGCACUCUUGACCCAGCUCAAAAGCUGAGGAAAAGGAGUAAACGCUGAGAUAGCCUUAAUUCUAGACUUUAUCAACUACUGAGGCUGUUUUUGUUGUUCCUUUCGGUUUUUAAAGCAUAGCUAUCUGAGCAGCCACCCAUUUCUAGAUCGUUCAUGGUAAUGAGGGGAAGGAGUGGAGUGCUCUGGUCCACAGAUGACCCAAGUGUGUGCACGUCCUAGACCCAUUCAGUGUUUGCUAGCAUCACUUCUCUGCUCAGCUGCCACUGAGCUCUGUGUUCUUGAAUAAAUUAUGUCAACAAUUAUACUGCACAGUUGACAGGACAGCCAGGAAGAACCUGUGAAUGGUACUGUGGUAGGGGAAGAGCACCUAACCCUUACCUCUCCGUAGUUCAUUCUCUGAAGAUGGUAGAGGCAAGCUCAAAGGCUGGAUAAGUGACCAUUGUCUGCUUAACUUGAUGAAAUGCAGGUGGUUAGAGAGCAGAUGUGUCCUUCACGCAACCUAGACUAGUAAUUAGGGCAGAUGAAGGUAGCCCAGAAGUGGCCCAGUUCCUGAGGAUCUUAGUCUCUGAUUAGCAGCUGGAGGGAAGGACAGCCUGCUGAGCACUCAGCAGCAGUGGGCUGUAAACUGGCAGUGGAAGGACUGAGUAUACAGUUUGAGGAUUUAAUGCCUUGUAAUGCAAAAAAUGAAGGGAAGGAGUGGCCUGCUGGUUUUAAUGCUCUUUACAAUGUUUUUCCCUCUCAAAAGUUCAUGGAGUAUUGGUUUUCUGUUAAUUAUUACCAAAACUCUCUUGUCCGUGUCUCCCCCCCCCCCCCCCCAGCUGGGGACCGAACCCAGGGCCUUGCGCUUGCUAGGCAAGUGCUCUACCACUGAGCUAAAUCCCCAACCCCUUGUUUUCCUCUUAGUAAGUUUCCUGGUUAUAUAUAGAAAUAGGGAACCGGGAUUCCAGUAUUCUCUUCAGCUCUCAGUAUGAAGAAGCCAGACACCCAUUUGUGCCUCCAGCCUGUGUUGUGCCAAGUAGCUUGAUUCUGCUGGAGAAUUGCAGCUGUGGACAAAAGUGUUUCCUAGAGUUAUCUUCUAUCUUCGCUCUAAAGAGUUCAUGGCCAAAGGUGAAAGAAAUACUCCUAAACACUGACUAUAUUCUCCUGUGUUAACCCUCUCCAGAACUAAUUUUGUGGUACUGGAAAUUGAACCUAGGACCAGCGUGGACAGCCGGGCAACUGCUGUGCCAUUUUUGUCUGCCCCCUUUCCUCCCCUGCCAUACAGUUGAUGGAUCACCAAAUUCACCUGUUUUUGUUGCUCUAAGGACUUUAAGUCACUGAUACCAAGCUAACCUUGGUUGUAUAACCAAGUUGAAUUCUUUUUUUUUUUUUUUUAAACUUAUGUGACUAUGUUGUUGCUGUCUUCAGACACACCAGAAGAAGGCAUCGGAUCACAUUACAGAUGGUUGUGAGCCACCAUGUGGUUGCUGGGAUUUGAACUCAGGACCUCUGGAAGAGCAGUCAGUGCUCUUAACCACUGAGCCAUCCUCCAGCCCUGCUAAGUUGAAUUCUUUUUUUCUUUUUUUCUUUUUCUUUUUCUUUUUUCCGAAGCUGGGGACCGAACCCAGGGCCUUGCGCUUGCUAGGCAAGCGCUCUACCACUGAGCUAAAUCCCCAACCCCCUAAGUUGAAUUCUUGAUCUCCUGCCUCUUCCCAGUCUCUAGGAUUAUAGGUAUGUGCCACCAUAUCUGGCUCUUAGCUCCUUCUAUAUGGAGUUAUCUGUGCUAGCCAGGUACAGUGUAAUACACCUUUAUUUCCAGUCUUUAGGAGGCAGAAGUAGAUAAAUCUUAAUCGGAGGCCUGCCUGGACUAUAUAGUGAGUUCUAGGCCAGCCACACCUACAUAGAUCUUGUUGUGAAAGGAAAAAUAGGAAAAGAGUACCCAGAUUGGCCUUGAACUUAGGAUCUUUAUGUAUCAGUUGUAUGCCACUAUGCCUGGCUCAAAAUGCCUUUUUUUUUCUUUAUUAACUUGAGUAUUUCUUAUUUACAUUUCGAUUUUUUUUAAGUUAUAUAUAUAUGUGAUUUCUGCCUGCAUGUAUAUGCACCAUAUGCAUGCCUGGUUCCCUAGGAGACAGAAGAGGGUCUCAUAUCCUCUUAGAUAGGAGUGAGCCACUAUGUGGGUGUUGAGAAUCAGAUCUGGAAGAGUAGUCAGUGCUCUUAACUGCUGAGCCAUCUCCCACCCUUCAAAACAUCUUUCUAAAGUUGAAUUUCUUCCCCCCCCCCUUUUCUGUUUAGUCCUGACUGUUUCUUGCUGGCUUCACCCUCUAGUGCUCACGUUUUGCUAGCUUUGUGCAAAAACAGGUGAACUGGGUGAUCCAUCCUCAAUUUUACACAUUGUGUUGUUCACAUUUCUACAACUUUAGCAUACAUCAAUAUUGUUUUCAUUCAACAAACAGUUUUGGCUCAGGAACUCGCUAGAGAACUUUGAUAGUGGUGUGGGAUGAGUUGAUCAGUAUAGUUUUGGAUAAUGAAUACUGCACAUGUAUAUAAAUUACUGGUCUGGGACAGCAUCAGGUAUACAAAAAGGUGAGUCUUUAGUGGGCAGUUAGUUAAGUGGUUGAGUGCUGGUGAGGAAUCCAUGAAGCCCUGGGUUUCCACGGGGGGGGGGGUAAGGUAAAUCUGCAGUAGGAGGGGGGGGUAAGGUAAAUCUGCAGUAGGAGGGGGGGGUAAGGUAAAUCUGCAGUAGGAGGGUGCCAUUAACUGCUUCAUCUGUGGGAAAGACUGUGGUCUUGGAUGAACUGAGUUAACUGGCCAUGGGCAGCAUUGCAGGAAAUAAAGCUAGAAAGGCUUUCGUUUCGUUACCAAGAGUGCAGAUGAAUGAGCGUGAGAACUGUCUUGUUUAGACUGCCAAGCAUUCAUGACUGUGUUAGUAUUGCCUGUGCUGGUGUAUAUUUCUUCUUUGUGGGCGUUUUAGCAAGUUGCUCACACUGUUCAAUUUCUCACCCUUUUGGAGAAAUCAACAUUAGUCUGGCUUUAAAGCCCAAAACAUACCAUCUAAUGACAAGACUUCCUUAGAACAAAGCUUAGGAAUGAGCUACCUUUGGAUCACGUGGGUCUCAGUGCCAGGGAGUAAGCAGCUCCUGUGUCACUUAUAUCAAAACCUUCCACAGGAAUAAUGUGCUCUGGCUCCUCAUUGUGCGUGACACCCUUCUCAGAGAAGGAAAGGUCUGUUUUUCAGGUUCUUAUUCUGACUCCUGAGAGCCCAAGACGAAGAUGUAAUUGACUGACUUUAGAAGUCAGAAUUCCCAGAAAUUCAACUAACUGCUCUAGAAGGUUAAAAUGUGAAGUUUCUUGUUUGUUUUUUGCUUGUGCUGAAUAUUUUGAAUUUUCAUCUACCUCGUCUUAUUUUUCUUAGUUACUUCUGUCAUUACCACUUGAGCAUCAAGCUUGAUUUUGGUCAUUGUCUAAAAUGGGGUCUCUCCUGUUCAGUGACAGUUUAUUCCCUUGUCUUUCCUCUUGGCCCUCAUUUCACCUAACAUCAUCUCUUAUUGCUCCUGUCAGAAAUAUGUUUUAAAGUCUUGUUUUAUGGGAAAAAGUGGUCCACCAAUGCUGUUUGUCUCUGAGGUCAGUGAGAGAAGGAGUUAAAACACAGUGGUGGAGGAAGGGCAGAGCCUGCCUGCACUGGAGGCAAAAGCUGACAAGGAAGGAGUCAUUAAUUAAAGACAAUUUCAAAGUCAACUGAUUGUGAUCAUUAAUGUCACAAUAGAUCAAAACCUAAUUAUCACAGCCUAGGUAAGAGCCAUCAGUAUUAAUCGGAAAAUCUAAUAGGAAACUAUUAGCAAGAAAUUAGGCCAAAUUGAAUGCAAUGAACUUUUUAUCAUCUUUUUUUGGUAAUGUUCUUGGUGUUGGCAACUGUGACCCUAACAGUUGGUCCAAGCCCAGAUUGCUAAUUUUAAAGAGCCUUUUUUUUUUUUUUUUUUAAGUAACCCAGGCUGACCCUAGUGCUUACAGCCCUCCAGCUUCAGCCUUGAGCACUGGGAUUAUGAGGGGUACAUGCAUUUGUGUUUGUGUGGGUGGGUAGGAGAGAAUUGAACUCAGGGCCUUGUACAUUUUAGACAAGUGCUCUACCACUGAACUGUAUUCCUAGCUCAGAGUGUUUUGUUUGUUAGGGAAGUUUCCAGACAGACUGAACCUAAGCUGACAUUGCUGAAACACCAGCCUUGAAUUUUUUUAUCAUAUGGAUCUAUUCAUUCUAAUCAGAUCAGCGGGAUAUAAACAUAUAUAUUAAAGUCGUAGAGUGUCCCUAGUGAACAUCAUAUCAUCUGUUGAGUGCUUGUAUAUAGAGUUCUAUACUGGUUGUUGUGAAGGCUGUGGGAGGAAGGCAGUGUCCUGCUUUGAAAUUCUUUGAAAACUAAAAAGAUAGUUUCCUUGUGUGACAGCAUGAUCAAGAUGCAAGUCUGUGUUUUUCAGUUUCCAUUAGCAUUAGGGUUUGAUCCUAAACCAGCUUAGCAGUGCCCCCAACCCCAAUAGUUUUAAGAUAGGCACAAAAUGAUUUCCUACUGGAAUUCUAAGGUAUGGGGAAGACAUCUUUGUUUCUGUUUUCCUUUCUGGUAGUAGGAGAAGCAUCAGUAUGUCCUUAAGAUGUUUGUAAAGAUGCUACCCCCUUUAGGUGAGAUGAGUCAGGCUGUGGAACGGUUGCUGUCACAGGAGGAGUGCCAGGCAGUAGUAGAGGGAAUUGUGCUUAGGAGUCUGCACUGUGCCCUGCAGCCCUCAGAUGCUCAGUGCUGACCUUAGGAGGCCCAUGCUGCUUUCUGGACCUUGGGAACCUGGAUUACCCAGUAGAAGACUGAGAAUCAAUGUCUUUUGUUUGUUUGUUUAUUUUUUGUUCUGUUUUUGUUUUGUUUUGUUUUGUUUUCCAAGAUGGGGUCUCUGUGUAGCCAUGGAUGUCCUGGAACUUGCUCUGUUGACCAGACUGGCCUCGAACUCAAAGAUCUGCCUGCCCCUGCCUCCCAAGUACUGUGAUCAAACGUGUGCGCCAUCACUGCCUGGCUAACCCUUCACUUCUUAGUGAGUUUUAGUGUUUAAAAAAUGCAACUUAAUUUUCAAAGUGGCACUAAGGUGGUUUGUCCAGCCUUGGGUUACUCCAGGUGAGCAGCAGCCCUCAAUUAACAGUGUGUUGAUUGGACUCAUCCGGCUGCAGUGAAAUGACUGAAAGUGAGAUGUUCUAGUGCAUAGUUCUGUGCUAACCUCCUACUUGGUCUUAAUGGCUGACCUUGGGCAAGUCUUUCCUUUCAAUGCCUCAGUUCCCCAUCUGUCAAAUGGGGUGAUAAUACUGACCUACCUCAUGGGGUGUUGUGAGGCAUUACAGAUCAGAGCUGAUCAACCCUUUAGGAUUGCCUGUGGAGGAUACCUUAAGUCGGACUCUUUUAGCCCUCACUGAGCUACUUCCAAGUUUGGAAGUAGUUAGUGACCUUGGCGAGUUUCUGUCCCCCCACCCUUUACCCCUCAUCAAAGCUGCUAGUUCAGAUGUUAACAGUGUUUUGUGAAUGUUGGAGUCUUGAUCGUCCAGUCUAACUUGGGACAAUGUAAGGGAAGGCACUUGUGGGUUCUGUGUCUUAUAUUACAAAGAGACUGUUAGAAAUUCAAGAGCCUUGGUUUAGGAAUCUUGAGGCAGGAAUGCUACCGCAUGUCUUUCUCUGCAGGAGUUAAGGUCCUAUUCUCAUGGACUUAUAACUACUUCUGACUGUCUUCGAAAGGAAGUGACACUUGGUAUUUUGGAUUUAUAUUGUUGCUUUCAUUUUCCAGACUGAUCCUAGGACAGUUAGUCUACUGAACCCUUCAUGCUUCUAUGCCUCUGCCCUCUCAUAGAAGCCAGAUGGUUCAAGCAACAUAGCUCUCCCUUCCCCCACCAAAAAGCUGUAUUGGAUUUUUGUUUUUUUGUUUCUAGAAAUAGGUGUAACAUUUCAGAAUUGAGCAUUGGUCCUCAAGGCUUCUUCCAGUUCACUGUGUGUGGAAUCUGUCACCUCUUUUCAGUGUCCACCAUCUGACCCACUGAGGACAUCUUGGACACUUGUUUGCCCACUUGAGGGUUCAAAAGCCUUACUCUGUGUUUCAGUAUAGGGCUAAGGCAUCCCCAAGCUCUUCGUGAUAGGUUUCCUUUCCCCUACUUGACCUUGUAUUGGUACCAUGAAAAAGCACACAGUCCUAGCUCCCUGGAGGUACACACUCCAGUACUGUUAGGUGGACUCUACUCCUAACAGGGAUCCUAGAGGGUUCUCUGGAGGAUGGGAAAGGAGCAGUCUCAUGUCCUGCCAAGUAGUAGCCAGCAGUUGCCUUACCCCUGCCUGCUGGCCAUGUUCCCACCUCCUCAUGGAGAGGGCUUUCAGAGGUCCUCGAGGCUGGAUUUUCUCAGUCUCUGCUGUGCCAUUCUGAGUGGGAAGCAGACCACACUUUGUGGCCAGGUGUCUAAGUGGAAGUGAGGUCUUGAAUUCUCGGUGGACUUUUUGGUUUGUGGGGGAGUUUUGGUUGUGUUUCUUGGUUCUAUUUCAGCCAAACUCGCCUGCUUUUGAUUUCUUUAAAGGAUAAGUGGUCUAUCUAUCUAUAUACAUGUAUGUUUGCAUUUUAAGUGUAAAUGUUUUGAAAAAAAAAAACAGACAUGUCUUUCUAUAACUGACAUCCGAUUCAGACAUCAUUCUCUCCCCUUCCACCCUCUUUUCCCUCUUUUCAUACUCUUGUAUUGGUUCUAAUAAAGGAUUGCUUUUCAAAUAUG